AUGUCUCUAGAAAUUAAGUUAAAACAAAAUGUAUAUGAACUUCAUCUAACUUUGGAACAAAGUAUGAAGGUUGAAGCCUUUUUAAAUGAAAAAAAAGCUAUUUUUGUGCAUAAUGCUAAUAACUUGGAUCAAACUAACAUGUUGGUACAUAAAAUCGAUACUAGAAUUUCGAUAAAAAUCCUAACCAGGUUACUGAUAUUCUGGUAUAUAUGA